AUGGUAUCUACACUCCCAGUCAACAGACAAUCCGUUAUCGGUGGGGUCAUCUUCCUCUUCUUCCUGUGGAGCCUGUCGACUUUCAUCUCGUCAACGCCUUCCACAACAUCCACACAAAUCACACAGGAGCCGGGACACCAGCCGAACCAGCUGGACGGGAAGCCUGGAAGUACACCUGAAUACAACUCGCCGGACAAGUCGACGCCUGCCCUAUCGCCUGAGCUUUCGCUUCCGCCUUGGUACGAAGGCGAGGGGGACAAAACUGCCAACAAAGCCUCCCCGAUAUCCGCCCAGGGCUCACAACAUGCUACGAGCGCAGACGCAAGCAAGGCCGAGAGCAAUGGCAGGCCUGCCACAGGGCCGACCACACCACAAUCGUCCUCCUCGCCCCCGGCCCUAAAAGACUACGGCAGGACACUGAUCCUCUAUGCUUUCGCCGAAUCUGAGACCGCCCGUGAGAAUCUCAAGUUCUUCGUCAACCAGGGCCUGCAUGAUGCCGCCGACUUCAUUUUCAUUCUCAACGGAGAGACGAGCGUGGGGGCAAUCAUUCCGCAAAAGCAGAACAUCAGAGUCAUCAGCCGUCCCAAUACCUGCUUCGAUCUUGGCGCGUAUGGCGAAGUCCUCCGCAAGGACGACUUGUAUAAGAAGUACAAGCGCUUCAUCACACUGAAUGCGAGCAUCCGUGGCCCGUUCCUCCCUCAUUGGGCCCAAUCAUGCUGGAGCGACCUGUAUCUUGGGCGUCUUACGGAUACGGUCAAGCUGGUCGGUAUGACGGCAAACUGCUGGCCCCGGUUCCACGUCCAGUCCAUGAUCUGGGCCACGGACGAAGUGGGCAUCGAACUGCUCCUCAACCCCCCUCCAGGCUCAUCCGUAAAGGAUGACUUUGGCACCGAAAACGACGUCGUCGGUAUGGGCGGCUGCUACGAUGGUUGGAACCAAGCAGUGCAUGCUGAGGUCGGCACUACUACCAUCUUUUUGAAGCAAGGCUACAAGGUCGACCUGAUGAUGGCAGCGUUCCAGAAAUCGAAGAACUACAUUGAGGAGUGCGAUACGUCGCAGAAUGGCGACGUUCUCUGGAACGGCAAAUACUUCGGCACAAAUGUCCAUCCAUACGAGACCAUAUUCAUCAAAGCCAAUCGGGAUAUCGACCCGACGCUAAUCGAACACCUGACGACGUGGCAGCAAGCGUCAGGCUUCAACAGCUACUCAGUUUGCAAGGCAACAUCCUGA